AUGUUUCAUACCUUCCAGGCCACCGAGACCAAUGGCGAGGAUACAAACGAUGCCGCCAAAUUACAUCGACCAUUAGGAGCAAGACGUAUCACAACAAGUAACGCAUGUGGGUCCUGCAGGCGCAGAAAGAUACGCUGCGAUGGUGCUACACCCUGCGGGCAAUGUGUAUACUAUCAGCAAGCAGAUGCUUGUUUUUACUCCAAGCCACCACCGCGUGUCGUGUUAUCCAAGAAGUUGAUGGAAGACCUGUCAGCGUCUGUUGACCGAUAUCGCUCAGUCUUUGAGCGUCUCUUCCCUGGUCGGAGUAUUGAACAGCUGGCCCCACUUUCGAAGGACGAUCUCAUCGCCAUCAUCGGGAUACCGCCAGCGAAAAAUGAUCAAUCAACCCAGAUAUCGGAGCUGGGUUCUCCAAUAUCUACUCUCGGAUCCGAAGGAGCUGAAAGCCUUGAGACGCUUAUUCAAGCACCAGAGCAAGAUCCAAUAGCCGACGAGGCCACGCGACAUCAAGCCAGAGUAAAGGGUAUCUCCGAUGAUGUCAAUGGAUUAUCAUUGUCAUUGGACAGGCCCUCCUCAUAUGUUGGUGUCUCGUCUAUCACGGCUGCUUUGAAGGUCAUCUGUAGAGUGGCUCCUGCAACACGAAGACUGCUAGCGUUGGGCCAUACCGAAACCGCCCUACCCAGUCGUACGGACUCACCAGAUGUGACUAGUAUUGAUCCUGCAUACCUACCACCUGCAGAGCUCGGACAAGUCUUGAUUGAGACAUAUUUCAGAAAGGUCCACCCACUAAUGCCCAUGCUGGACGAGAAACAUUUUUGGCAGACAUGGCUUUAUGGAGAACGCAAAGACCAUGCUUGGAUGGCUCUACUCAAUACAGUGCUGGCUCUUGGGUCUGUGAUGUCGUCAGAUUGUACAGACAACUCUCAUGAUGCCUAUUACCAACGCGCUAUGCAACUUCUAGAUCUUGAUAGCCUGGGGAGUGGCAACUUACUUGUCGUCCAAGCUUUGGGCCUUCUGAGCGGAUACUAUCUUCACUAUGUCAGCAGGCCAAAUUUGGCAAACAACGUGAUCGCAGACAGUGGAAUAUCAGCACACAAAACUAUGUCUGCUGAUAUCAAACGACGGACAUGGUGGAGCCUAUACGUCCUUGACACAUGGGCAAACGCAACCACCGGUAGGCCCUCUCUUGGACAGCAGGAUAAAGGGAUAACGGUCCAAGUGCCCUAUGUCAAAGAUGUCUCAGACCCAGCAACGGCCAGCUUCUUACCCUUGGCACAUAAUGUUGCUUUCUGCAGAAUAGCUUCUCAGAUCCAAGACGUAUUAUCUGCGUCUCCGCUGCUGCCGUUCGAUGAUUUGAAUCGAUUGGACAAAGAGCUGCUGCAAUGGCAUACCAGCCUGCCAAUCUACUUGAAGCCCGCGAGCUCGUCCACGACAGAUAGUCAACGGCCUCAGAGACGAAACACCAUCGCAAAGAUACUUGAGACGCCGAGCAUGAUCAUGCAUUGGAAGUAUCAAAACCUCAGACUUCUCUUGCACAGACCUUACCUCCUUGCCACUGCCUUGCGCAAUGGAGAUAUAAACUCACUCUCUGCUGAAGAGAAAGUCGGAUCAACACGCUGUCAAGCUAUUGCGGCUCGUACGAUAGAGGAUAUCAGCUAUAUGUGUCCUGAAGAAUUACUUGCUGGUUGGAAUGGAGUCUGGUUCAUGUAUCAAGCAGUCAUGAUUCCGCUAGUCUGCAUAUUCUCUUCGAUAGGGAAGUCGCGAAAGCAAGUCGCAGAUGACAAGCAAAAUAUUGCCUCGACGGACUUCACUGCCGUCGAGACUGAUGGCGAGGAUUCCAGGCGCCCAGAGCAGGUUGAAAUGCAAGAGUGGCAGAACCUGAUUGAAAAGGCUUUGCAGUUCUUCGAGAGAAUGGAUCGCUGGUCAGUGGCGGCAAAGAAGUCGCACGACGUAGUAUCGCGACUUUACGAAGCCAGCAAGAUCCUGGCCAAUGGCGACUCCGAGCACAUCCUUGCUGCUCAGGAUCAGUCUGCCAGGGUCCACAGCGCACCUCUGAAUCUUGGAACGGUUGUAAGUUGCCAGAUCGACCCGGCCAAUGCCUUUGACAAUUCUCAAGUGCCGCAUCCGACUUCGAAUAUGUUGACCGAAGAUAUCUGGGGCCUGUCACCAGAUGGCGCUGCUGCAAUGAAUAACUUCUGGUUUGAUGAUAUGAUGUGGGAUAUACCAGUUGCGAACAUCGAGAUGUUUGAGAACACCGGCAACGGAUUGUCUUACAGUGAAUUAGACUGGCUGGCUAGCUUGGAUACGCAGACUGCGAACGAACAGAUCUGGUAA